AUGUGGAAGGCACUUGGCUCCAACCUUAAUGAAGAGAAUGCUGGUCGCAUAGCACAUUCCUUAGAGGGUCUUAAAAGAAUUCUACAUUCAGUGGAUAGUGACUGUGGAUUGAAUGCAAGAAAGGGUUACAGAUCCUCAAAAUUACCAGCUGAAACAGUGCAACAAAUUGUAAAUGAUUUGAAUCAAAGUGGUGGCUUUAGUUUCACAGGAGGUAGGGACGGAUAUCCCUCAUUUGAAAAUUUCCCUAGCAAUCUCCUAAGUUCUUUAGAUUACAGGGGACUUCACAACUGGAUGACUGAUAAG